CAACAAUAACACCAUGGAUAGCUCUCCGGAUCUAUCCUUGAAAUUAAGACGUGGUUCGAGCGACUCACGUGAUAAUUUCUAUAUGGAUUUUGCUCAAGGCAUUGAUUCCGAUAUCGAAGAGGUGGAUAAUACGGCGCUGGAUCAGGCCACAGCACCUCCAUUGCCGCUGGUGGGGGAUGGUAUGGAUUAUAUGGUCAUACCGCCACCUCCACCACCCUCAGUUAUGACCAUAAUGCAACAACAGCAGACAAUGGGCUUACCCACUGUUAGCGAACACGAUGAUACACCUCCAACACCACCGCCACAAAUGACCAGCUUGCCCUCGCCACCGGUUUCGCCAACAACCUCCGUCUUAGAAAUGAUGCCACCGCCACCUUUGUCUCCACCACCACCAACAACCACAACAUCUUCAUCCUCUACACAUUCCAAUCGAGUUCUGCCACAGCCACCUUCUCCACCCUUGGAAACUGAAGAUGAGGAGGAUGAUGAUGAUAUCGAAGAGGAGGAGGAAGAAGAUGCUGCCGAUGCCGAUAUUGAAACAACCGAUAAUGUGGAGGAAACUCCCGAUGAAGAAACCGAUGGCAAAGAAACCGACGACAAAGAGACCGAGGGCGAGGAUGACAAUGAUGGUGAUGAUGAGGGUGAUAAAGAUUCACCACCUCCACCAUUGCCACCCAUACCCUCACACCUGGCCUAUAAUCGUCCACAAUCCAAUCACGAAGAUGAUGACGAUGAGGAUGACAGCCACUUGCCCAAGCCAAUGCAGGGCCAGACUCCCUCAACAUCACCCUCACCACCUGUAACACCCCCACCUUGUCCGGAACUAAGUUCCAUACAAAAAAUUGUUUCACCACCGCCAACACAUGUCUCACAGAUACCACCUUUAACCCCACCCUCGGAGAGUGAUCAGUCUCAGCCCAACUCUCCACCACCUAUAUCGAAACAUUCGCCACUAACCAUGCCUUCAACACCGCCACCACCACCCGAAUGUGAUGUGGUCGAUGAUGAACAACCUCCCACUCCACCACCGGAAUUUGAUCAACAAGACGAACCCGAAGGCGAAGAAGAAGUCAAACCCAAACAAGAUGAAGAAGAAGAUGAACCGGAAAUCGAUUUAUCCGGUGUUUCCGGAGAACCCUCAAUGGAUUUGGUACAAGAAGUUCUACAGGAGGCGGCCCAGAAGGCCAUAAAUGGUGAGGAAAAUAAAUCUUCGCGGGAUGAUGAUUCCACCACUAUUACCACACCACCAACCAAUGGCUACUCCGCCUCUUCCAUGUAUAAUCAUCAAGCUGAAGAACCCAUGGAUGAGGCUGACCAAGAACAACUAAUGGCCAAUAUACCACCACCAGCUGGGCUAGAAGAUCCCAUAGAAGAUGAAGAUGGUACCAAGACACCAGUUUCCGAAACGAAACCCUUAGAUUUAGAUGAACUCUCCUUAGAUCGUGUGCCACCUCCACCACUUGAAGAGGGCGCCGAGGAGGAGGAUAAUGAAAAGCGAACUUCAUUGCCAGGGACACCAACAUCACAAGUCUCGCAAUUGUCACAGCCGACACCAACACCCACGGUGUCCGGAUCACCAAAACGCAAAAGUAGUGUUACAAGUGCCACUGCACCCGGUGGAGGAGGUGGUAGUAGUCGUGUUCCUAGUCGUAGUGUCAGUCGCAGUGGCAGCCGCACAGCCAGUCGUAGUGGUAGCAUACGUGGUGGUGGUAGUAUUAGUUCAAGGGCUGGCAGUAUUGCAGCAGCUUCAGUGGCAUCGGCAGCCGCAUCCAUUGUCUCCGCAUCACAAUCUGUUAAGGCCGAGGUCGUUACCUCUCCACCAAUUUCAUUGAAAUCGAUACGCAGUCCUCCCGGCUCAAUACGCUCGCAUACAUCGAAGCAUAGUGCUGCACCCGGACGUUUACAAAGUCCUCAGGAGGGUGAUAGUCCACCGGCAAUGCCUUCACCACCAAUUAUACGUAGUCCACCACAGGUGAAGAGUCCACCAUCAAUGCACAGUCCACCACGUGUCACCAGUCCCCCGAAAGUCUAUAGUCCCCAGUUGAUUAGCAGUCCACCAAUGCGUCAAGACGAUAUUGAUCCCGAGAAGGCAGAGAAACC